UUGAAUUUGUUUUGUAGGAUUAUAAAAAUAGACUAAAUAAUAUUUCAAAAUUUAUAAAAAGUUUAUACGGAUUACUUUAUUUGAUUUUAUAUUCGAAUAUAUUUAUUUUAUUGAUGAUUAUAAAUUUAUAAAAAGUUUAUACAGAUAUCCGGAAUUUUCGUAUCGAAUCGAAACGAAUAGUGAAUCGAAUCAAAUUUAACGGAUAAAAUGUCCAGCCCUACUCCAAAAUACUAACUACUCGUAUUUUUAAUCAAUUAAUUAAUAGUUGUUUAACGAUUUAAAUAUUUAAAUCGUUACUUUUUAGCUGUUAAUGCCGCAUAUGAUUGGGACUACUACUCUUUGAUAGUAUAUCUCAACUAGAAAUCAUUACUUUUUAGCUGACUAGUUCUCAUAUCAUUGGCGCUCUCAAGCUAAUUAAAUUAUAUAAUAUUUGUUAUACUAUAUCAAUAAUUUGUAUCAAAUUGGUAACAUGUUUUUUCUUUUGGUUAUAUAGAAAAAGCUUUGAAGGGGCAUGGAAUGCCAUAAAGAUGAAAGACACAAUUGAAUUUUGUAAACCAAAGGUGGCUUCAAUCAAGCCUUCAAUGGCUCCACUAUGCUCAAUGAAGAGUUCAUUGUCGAAGGAUGAUGAUUUGAUGACGGGAAAUAAUACCAUUAAACCGAACCAGCAACGCUGCAGAAACAUUUCGGGAGAUCCAUCAGGACAUAAACGUGUAGUGAGAGCAACUCUCAAAACUGAUGAAGCUUAGCUAUGAUUGAUUAUCUAGCUGUGAUAUGUGAAUGGAUGCAGACGGGUAAAAUUUUCACUAGUUCAGUGAAGUUCAGUUUGAUGAAGCAGUGCCGUGCGAAGGUUUUCGGAGGUCCGAGGCGAGUUUAAAAAUAUAUUUUACAUGAUAUAUUUUUAAUAAUAUAUAUAUAUAUAUAUAUAUAUAUAUAACACUCAAAAGUUUUGAAUUAUUACAUAAACUUUUUCCAAAUUUUCUUCACCAAAAUUUUAUAAAAUAAAAAUUUUAAAUAUGAACAAUAAAUAUGAAUUUGUAAUAUAAAUACAAAGAUAUAAAUUGUUGAUUGAAAUGUUGAUAGCUGUCAAAAAUGUAAAUCUUAGCAUUUAAAUUAACUAUACUAAACUAUAUAUUAAAAAUAUUAUAUUUUCUUUAUCAAAUUCUCAUAAAUAUAUAAAAUAAAUUUAACUCAUAGCAUAUAAAAGAAAAGACCAAUGUGAUAAAAUAUUUACAGUUUUUUAGAAUUAGAAUCUUUAUAGUUUAUUUAAAAUAUAGCAAAAAUGAUCACAAACCUAGUUAAUUUAAACAGAAGUCUAAUUUAAAUUCAAAUAUAAAUAAAAAUCUAACUACGAGAAUAUGUUAACUACCAUGUAAAAGUAUUUUUUUUUGUAAUUUGGGACCCUAAAAUUUCUACAAAAUUUGGGGACCCUAGGCAAAUGUCUUUUUCAAAAGCCUCUAAACACGACUUUGGAUGAAGCGCACAAAUUGUUAGAAUAUCAUGAGGUCUUUGGCAUAAAGUGGUUUUGGGUAAUCUAACUGAAGGUUUUAGAAGCUAAUUGAUCACAAUUUGAACAUUUAUGUCUUAAUGACUCAUUUUUGAUAAUGCAAACAAAACUUUAUUUCGUUCACGUUUUAAAACCUUUAUAUAUACGGUUAUAUCUUACGUACGCGCGCACGUACGGUCAUGCCAUCAUGUGCGUCAGUGCAUGUUAGUUAUAUUGAUACAUUAGGUUGAGAAUAAUUAAGCACAUGAACUAAAUAAAUACAACAUGAUCUUUGUCGUUUUGUUUUCGAAGAUAAAAUCUUGAAUUUUCAUUCUGUUUCUAGUACAUAUCAUUUUGUCUACAAUAUUUUUAAUCAAAAACUCCACGUCUGCUUUGACCAGAUAAGAUUGAAAGUUCUAAUGGAAAUUUAAGGCCUCUAUAAACUAUAUUAUAAUUUUAUUUCGUUACUUCGACGUUCUUGCCUCUGGUCAAAUAUGGCUCGCUCUUGUGUCAAGCCCUAUUUAAACAAGUGACUUUGCCUGAAAAAACUUAAAUCUCUAACUCAUCGAUCCAUAUUAAGACAAGAACAACAAUAACAAAGUCAACGGUGCAGUAUAGAAUUCUUGUGUGACUCUUAAUAUCAUUAAUGGAAGGAAGCUUGGAAGGUAUGCUGAUGAAAGUGAGCAUUUUCGCUAUGGUUCAAGCUCUUGUAUAUCUUAUUCUCUCUACAUCUUCGAGUGUUUUCUCUAAGUCAAACACGAUGAAGAGACUUCAUAGUUUCCGGUCAGCGAAAUCCAUGAGCAUCAGCCGGAUUUUGGCGGUUCUUCAGGAUAUGCCUGCAGGCGGCGAGAUGUCUCCUUCUUCCAUGAGACUCUCUUCUCUUGCUUCUCCUUCAUCGUCACCACUGGAAAGCUAAAUCACAAAACGUAUAUGAUUCAGUAGUUUCUGGUGAAUUAUGUUUGAAUAUUAUUUCUGCAUGUUAGAUAAUGUUCAAUUUCCUUUGUUUAUAAAUUUUUUUGUUUUUUUUUUUAUAAAGUUUAUUUGUAAUUUAAUCUCCAGUUUGAUUCAUGAUUGAUUAAGAAAACAAGAAAUGACGUGAGCCCAUGUUAAACAAGAGAAACAAAACGUCAGCGUGUUAGUUAAGUAUUCGUCACCAAAUAUUCAUCAUAUCUUUCGAACCGAUUUUCUAUGCUGUAUAUAUAUUAAUAUAUAUAUCUAUAUAUAUAUGAAUAAUGUUUUAU